GGGUCGGUCAGCAGCGAGCGGAGCAGCUGCGGCGCUCCGUGCUUUAACGCAGCGAAAGUCCUCACGGAUCUCCACUCUGACUCUACAGCAGUGACUCUGCUUUCAGAGGAGAUUUUUUAUUAUUAUUAUCAUUCCUUUUGGAUUUCAUAUUAUUUCAGCGGAGCCUGCGCUUUUGUUCGGAUCUGAUUUUGAGCACUUUAAAGUUGGCUCCUCGUCACCUCGAUUGCUGAACUCCUGAAUGUGUUUGCGGAGAGCAGGGGGUUGACAAAAGCCUUUUAAGCGGAGGGGGUAAAUGUAGCGGAGGGGUGCGGACACCACGUAGCGGGUGAAAGUGGGCUGUUUUCGUGGCAAAGCUGUGGCGUUAAGGUUGUGUGACAAAUUCUGCAAUGAGGAAGACGAAUUUUAAAACCCGCACCACCACAACCAGCGCUGAGGUCAGCUCUAUGGCUUCCCACCGCCGCAAUCUGUGAGAAGGAAGAUCUGUGUGCACUGUAAGUGUCGUCGUGAGGAGCAUGCAGUGACAGCCAUGCCUGUAGAGAUGGAGAAGACGGUCACCAAGCUGAUGUAUGACUUCCAGAGGAACUCUACCUCAGAUGACGACUCUGGCUGUGCUCUGGAGGAGUAUGCUUGGGUACCACCAGGACUCAAACCUGAACAGGUUCAUCAGUACUACAGCUCCCUGCCUGAGGACAAGGUGCCCUAUGUUAACAGCCCUGGAGAGAAAUACCGCAUCAAACAGCUGCUUCAUCAGCUCCCGCCCCACGACAACGAGGUACGCUACUGCAACAGUCUGGAUGAUGAGGAGAAGCGAGAACUGAAGCUCUUCAGUAACCAGCGCAAGCGGGAGAACCUGGGCCGCGGCAACGUCCGGCCCUUCCCUGUGACGAUGACGGGGGCGAUCUGCGAACAGUGCGGAGGCCAGAUAAAUGGUGGGGACAUUGCCGUAUUUGCGUCACGAGCAGGUCACGGUGUGUGUUGGCAUCCAGCCUGCUUUGUGUGCAGCAUCUGCAAUGAGCUCCUUGUGGACCUCAUUUACUUCUACCAGGACGGGAAGAUGUACUGCGGCCGGCACCACGCGGAGAGGCUGAAGCCACGAUGCACCGCCUGUGAUGAGAUCAUCCUUGCGGAUGAGUGCACUGAGGCAGAGGGCCGUCACUGGCACAUGAAGCACUUCUGCUGUUUCGAGUGCGAGACUGUGCUGGGGGGCCAGCGCUACAUCAUGAAGGAGGGACGACCCUACUGCUGCUCCUGCUUCGAGUCCCUCUAUGCAGAGUACUGUGACUCCUGUGGGGAACAUAUUGGCAUUGACCAGGGCCAGAUGACAUACGAUGGGCAGCACUGGCAUGCCACAGAGGGCUGCUUUUGCUGCGCACGCUGUAAACGCUCUCUGCUGGGUCGACCUUUCUUGCCCAAACAGGGCCAGAUAUUCUGCUCACGCUCGUGCAGUUUGGGGGAGGAGCCCAAUGGCUCAGACUCGUCUGAUUCGGCCUUUCAAAGCGCUCGUUCUACCAGAGAGUCCAGACGCAGCUCCAAGACAGGAAAGAGUGGAGGUGGAGGGGGUGGGGUGCAGACUGAGAGAUUUUCAGGGGAAGUGGAUCCACUGUCUUUACAAAUGGAUCUUCUGAGUCUCUCAAGUCAAACGCCCAGUUUGACUCGUGAGCCCCCUGCCUGGCAGAGCCAAGAGCACGCAGAUGCUGAAUAUAAUUAUGAAUCUCAAACGGAUCCAACCAUCAACCAUCCCACUCCACUACAGCUCCUCAGCCAGUGCAAUGUCAGAAAUGCCUAUAACCCCAACUGCUCUGGACAAAACAAUCAACAGCAGGACCACAGGAUCAAGGAGAAUGGAGGUUUGAAGAGACCACCGAUCUCUGCUAUGAAGGGCCACUCUUUCAAUGAGACGUGGUUCCAACAGCCAGCUCCAGAGGAGUACUAUCCACCCAAACUGAGGACCCAGAAGAGUUUCACAGAGGUGUCCCAUUGUGCUCAGCACCACAAUGGCUUCUCUGACAAGCGCUCAAUCAGUUUGCAUGGUUUUCAGAGAGAAAGGGAUGCGGGGCCUCCAGCAGCAAACCAGGUGGCAAGAAGCAGAAACCCCAUCAAUGCACUUAACUUCACUGAGCAACUGACCCCUCUAGAACAGACCCCAAGAGGAUCCAUGGAGUCCCUGGCCCUGUCAAAUGCUACAGGCCACUCGGCCGAUGGAGGAGGAAAGCGUCAGGAGCACCUUUCUCGUUUCUCCAUGCCAGACCUGAGCAAAGACUCUGGAAUGAACGUGUCUGAGAAAAGUAACAUGGGCACUCUCAAUUCCUCAGUGCAGUUUCGUAGCUCUGAGUCCAUUCACAGCCUCACUGCCAGUCAACCCUACAUGGAGAUGGAUCCUCCCAGGUCUUCCCAAUACCAGGUGCAGUACUGUGAACCUCCUGGCCUGAGUAUGACUCAUUUACCACCUGGCUUCACCUUCCAGGAAGAGGAUAGAGUGAGUUUGGUGAGCAGCGCCAAUGCUGCCCGCCUGCCACCCAUUAGUGAGCGUAGGGUAGGUGGUGUCACUGGUGGAGGAGGUGGAAGGGGAGCAAGUGUCCGCAUCGAUGCUCCAGAGGAGACUCCUCAAAGGCGCCGGCACCACCACCAUCGUUCCCGGAGAUCCCGUCGGUCUCGUUCAGAAAACGCUCUCCACCUGGUGGCAGAUCGGAGGACGAGACCUCAGGAAAGACCACAACUGCGUUUCCAUGAGGAUUACGACCGUUUCCCUCCACCAAGGAGCACCAGGGACCAGUUUGGAGUAGGAGGAGGAGGGGGAAGAUAUCAGCCCCAACUCUUCAGGCAAUGCCCCAGGACCACUUCAGACCUGACACUUCAGAACCCUGGGGCUAGUCGACGCACUGGCUUGAACCAGUACUCCUGGGGCGAUUAUGAUGACGAUGACUGGUGCUCCACCUGCUCAUCAUCCUCUGAAUCAGAGGAUGAAGGUUACUUUCUGGGUGAGCCAAUCCCUAGACCAAUCCAGCUGCGCUACCUCAGCAACCAGGAGCUUGUCCAUAAGUACAGCAGCACAGGGAUAGGAGGACCCAACCGUAGUGGGCAGCUACACACCCGCAAACGCAGAAAAAGCAAGAACUGCAUUAUCUCCUAACAUCCUGACACUUGGCACAGUAAAUGACGUUUCGUCCAGCUUGUGUACACUAACAUCAUCCAUCUGGAACAGAAAAUAAAUGAAACUCACAGUCCAUUUAUUCAGUAUUGUUGAGUGUUGAAUAUCAUGUAAUAGAAAGUCAGUGAUUAAUUAGUCGGUGAACAGUGAAAAAAGCAACAGUGUUUGCAUGUUUGUUCAUUUUAAUGUUUCGGAAUAUCUCCUGAGUAUUAAGGCUAACGGUUAAAACGCACAGUUUAUCAAGUCACAAUGUUUGUCGAAAGCUGAUGUGCAAUUUUUUUCAGAAAUUAAUUUCCACGCAGAAAAUAACUGUGCAAGGUAGACGGUUUGGUUCGGUUUAGCUUUUUCAUGCAAUGUGAUUUAGAUAUAGGAUAUACUGUACUAUUGUAUUUAGUUCAUAGUGUGUACAUAGACAAAUGAAUUAAUAAUUUCACUUAAGUUAAGGAAGUAUGUGUAAAUAUGGUUGUAAAUGAGGCCUCACAUAUUUUUAUAUUUUGUAUGGAUAGAAUCAUUUAUGUAUUAAAUAUCUAUAAUGUAGAGAUAGAAAAUGGCAAAAAACAACUUAUGCAUGUUUUAUUUGGCUGACUUUGGUCCUGCAUUUGGAAUAAAGGAGUAUUUCAGU